GGCCUGUCGAGAAAUCACACGAGCCGACUGGUUGCUUCCUGCUUUUUCACGAAGCUCUGCCUUGGAUCACACACAUAUAUAUAUAUCCCUCGCUGCUCCUUGACGCAUCUUUUGAUCUUCAGAGAUACCCAAUAUACCAACCCAUACGAAACCUCGAAUAGGUUCACACACCACGGUUCUUCGGCCUCACGCCACAUAUAUAAUAUAUACAAGGCUGUAGACACGAAACACAAUGACUUCGUUCGACGCCUAUACGGACCGAGCAGCGAAGGGUCUCGCAGACAGCUUCGACCUGGCGAAGAGCUAUGCUCACUCACAACUCACGCCAAUUCACCUCGCAGUCUCGCUGAUAGAUCCACCAAAAGACCUUGCAAACCAAGUCGACAUACCACCACCACCGCUAUUCAAGCAAGUUCUCGACCGGGCAAAUGGCGACGCACAACUCUUCGAGCGCAAUCUCAAGAAGGCUCUGGUACGGUUACCGAGCCAGGACCCGCCACCAGAGCGCACGUCACCCUCACCUGCCAUGGCCAAGGUACUUCGCGCUGCUGAAGAUCUGAGCAAGACGCAGAAGGACAGUUACAUCGCGGUCGACCACCUCAUCCAGUCGCUAUGCCAGGAGUCGUCGAUACAACGCGCACUUGCCGAGUCCAACGUACCGAACGUUAAGCAGAUUGACAAUGCAAUUCAGGCGCUUCGGGGAACUAAGCGGGUCGACUCAAAGACGGCGGAUGCGGAGGAGGAUAACGAGAACUUGAAGAAAUUCACUAUCGACAUGACGGCAAUGGCACGAGAAGGCAAGAUUGACCCGGUCAUUGGCCGAGAAGAAGAGACAAGAAGAGUUGUUCGGAUCUUGAUGCGACGUACCAAGAACAACCCUGUCCUGAUUGGAGAGCCCGGUGUCGGUAAGACCACAGUCGUCGAAGGUCUUGCCCGCCGAAUCGUCGACGCAGACGUACCGGCCAACCUUGCAGCCUGCAAGUUGCUCUCCCUUGACGUCGGUGCCCUGGUCGCUGGUAGCAAGUACCGCGGAGAGUUUGAGGACCGCAUGAAAGGUGUUCUCAAAGAGAUUGAAGAGUCCAAGGACAUGAUAGUACUGUUCGUGGACGAAAUCCAUCUGCUCAUGGGUGCUGGCUCGUCUGGAGAGGGUGGCAUGGAUGCUGCUAACUUGUUGAAGCCCAUGCUGGCUCGCGGACAACUCCACUGUAUCGGUGCUACGACUCUUAGCGAGUACAGGAAGUACAUCGAGAAGGAUGCAGCGUUCGAGCGUCGUUUCCAGCAAGUACUGGUCAAGGAGCCCUCCAUUCCCGAGACCAUCUCCAUUCUCCGAGGUCUCAAAGAGCGAUAUGAGACGCAUCACGGUGUCACCAUCAUGGAUGGCGCUAUUGUCUCCGCUGCCACGCUUGCCGCGCGUUACCUUACCCAGCGACGUCUGCCGGAUUCUGCGGUCGACUUGAUUGAUGAGGCAGCAGCCGCUGUUCGCGUAACCCGAGAAUCGCAACCUGAAGCACUCGACAAUCUCGAACGCCGUCACCGACAAUUGCAGAUUGAAGUCCACGCUCUUGCCCGCGAAAAGGACGAAGCCUCACAAGUCCGUCUCAGGGAGGCUCGAGCAGAGGCAGCCAACAUCGAGGAAGAGUUGAAACCACUUCGUGAGAUGUACGAACGUGAAAAGGGACGCAGCAAGGACAUUCAAGAGCAAAAACUCAAACUGGACCUCCUCAAAACUAAGCUGGCCGAAGCGGAACGUAUGCGCGAUAUUCAGACCGCUUCAGACCUCAAGUACUACGCUAUCCCCGACGUGGAACAGCGCAUCCAUGAGCUUGAGCUUGAGAAAGCUCGAGCAGACGCUGAGAUGUUCACGCACCAGGCGAGUGGAGGAGGCGAGGCACUCAUGAGCGACUCAGUUGGGCCAGAUCAGAUCAACGAGAUCGUCGGUCGUUGGACCGGUAUUCCCGUAACACGACUCAAGACGACCGAGAAAGAUAAGCUGCUCAACAUGGAACGCCAUCUCAGCAAAAUCGUUGUCGGCCAGAGAGAGGCUGUUGGGUCUGUUUCCAACGCUAUCCGCCUCCAGCGCUCCGGUCUCGCCAACCCAAAUCAACCGCCAAGUUUCCUCUUCUGCGGUCCUUCCGGUACCGGUAAAACGCUACUUACAAAAGCCCUCGCGGAGUUCUUAUUCGACGAUGCAAAGGCAAUGAUUCGCUUCGAUAUGUCUGAGUACCAAGAGCGGCACUCGCUGUCACGAAUGAUCGGCGCUCCACCUGGGUACGUCGGCCACGACGCAGGAGGCCAGCUUACAGAGGCCUUGCGUCGCAAACCGUUCUCCAUUCUGCUGUUCGACGAGGUCGAGAAAGCCGCCAAGGAAGUCUUGACUGUGCUUUUGCAGCUCAUGGACGAUGGCCGCAUCACCGACGGGCAGGGCAGAGUUGUCGACGCAAAGAACUGCAUCGUUGUUAUGACAUCCAAUUUGGGUGCCGAGCAUCUGAGCAGACCUAAUGCACCAGAUGGCAAGAUUGAUCCGACAACCAAGGAAAUGGUCAUGGGUGCGCUGCGGAACUGGUUCCUCCCCGAAUUCCUGAACCGUAUCUCCUCCAUUGUCAUCUUCAACCGCCUCACAAGGCGUGAGAUUCGGAAGAUUGUCGACGUGCGACUUGGAGAGAUACAGAAGCGUCUCAGCGCCAACGGCCGCAACGUACGCAUAGAAAUGACGACCGAGGUGCGCGAUUACCUCGGUAGCGCUGGGUAUUCGCCGGCGUAUGGUGCGAGACCACUUGCUAGACUUAUCGAGAAGGAGGUUUUGAACCGUCUUGCUGUCCUAAUCCUGAGGGGUGCCAUCAAGGAUGGUGAGACGGCGAGGGUGGUGCUCGACGAUGGACAUAUCCUAGUCCUGCCUAACCACACCGAGAGCGAAGAGGAUUCGGAGAUGUAUGAUGAGGAUGACGCUAUAGCGGAGCUGGAGGACGAGGAUGGCGGUAUGGAUCUUUAUGAGUAAACGUACUUGACGGAGAAGGAUGGGAAAUAUGGCGGUUAGCGAAAUUAGACGUUGGUGGCAUCUGCUAGCUUGGGCGUUUUGGAGUUUGACAUUUCAGAGAAGAUUGGGUGCUAGAUGCAUACCUUGAGAUUAUGAUUUACGGCUGAUGAAUAAUGGUGAAAAGUAGAAGCGUGUAGUAGACAUCCUGGUCAGCUCUUUGGGGUUGACUGUUUGUAUAUAGUAAACAUGAAAAGUACUACCUGAAA